AUCAAGUUAGAAGACAUCAAACUGAUGGGCAAAGUGGCAAAAGAAUUGGAAGGAAAAAAAUUGCUGCAACAUGCAAUAAAUCUUCCAAUUCAUCCCUCUUUGCAGGAAAUUUAUCGUCUCAGCCAUGAGACGACGAAGAGGAGCGAGAUCUUUAGAGCGGCAAAGAUCAUCUGCGGCAAUUUGUUUGGGAUGUGCUGAGUUGGAAUUUUCAAAUCGUUCGCAUCAAAUGAGAUAAGCAGAUGGUCGCUGCGAGUGUUUUACCAAUCACCAUCAUCACCACUAAAUGAGCCACUCAUUCCCCACGAAGGAGAGACGAGCAAACUUAGCGGCGGGAAGACAAACAAGGGAUUGUCUCUGGGAGUCAGCAAGUGCAGAAAUAUUUAUUGCCUUCACCACAAAACACCCACCACAAGCUGAGCUGAGCAAAGUGGUUUCCCCUUCGGUGUUGAUCAGGCAGUCUGUGCUGGGACUGUGCUGUGAAUGGAUUUCGAAGUGGUCGUUGGUGAUUUCUACGGGCUGUGCGAUGGCCCCGGAAGUGCCUGUGCAGCCCUACCGGCGAAGCAAAGGUACCAGGCAAAUGCCAGGGAGAGGUACAGAACACACAGGUAUCUCGCCAGUGUAAACUCCGCCUUUAACACACUGCGGCUGCUGAUCCCCACUGAGCCGAAGAAUAGGAAACUGUCCAAGAUUGAGACAUUGCGUCUGGCCAAGAGUUACAUUUCACAUCUGGCUGCCAUCCUUUUAACUGGAAAUUACAAUCAACCAUGUGUGUAUGUGACUCCAUCGACCUAUCACCCCUCCUGCGUGGACUUUCACCUCCUGGACGACGACGGAGAUGGGGGUGGAAGUGAUGAGAAGUUAAUGGAGCACAGUAGGACGACCAUCUGCACAUUUUGUGUCGCCACCAAGAACAGCAGCUGAGAGAAUACGGUUGUGGAGCACAAGAAUCUGCCACAAUUGACUCGAAAUUCCCAGGAAAAAAAAGCCAAAGAGUAUACUUUAAUAUUUUUUUAGAAGAGAGACUUUAUAAUUUUGCGGGGGCGCACGUCGGUGUAUGUAUUUAAUAAUAUUUAAUGCAGAGCCAGGCAGAACGCGAAUAGCGUUAAAAUGGCUGCAUGAGUUUACCACAUGAUUCAGUGAAAGAAAACAGCGGCGGAAGUGUUUAAUAAAUUAGUUUUCGAGGGAGGACGAGCCUUUCGGGUUUGGGAAAGGGGGGUGGGGUGAAAGUUCCUGGCGCGCGGGGAAACAAUGUGUUGAUGAUGCUUUUGGAGUUAACAUACGAAUGGAAGGCACACACUACAAGAAGUAACACGAGUUUAUAUGAAUAAUUCGCUUCUUGUCCCUGGCUAACACAAAGUUAAACUGCAUGGCAUAUUGCUGAGUAGGGGGAUGCAGGAGUUUUAGUGGAUGGGGUGGGUGCCCAAGCUAAAUUAUUGCUAUAUGAGAAAGGACGAGGGGGCACCCACACAAAAGGCACAAUGGAAAAUUCAUCGUGUGCGCCGCCACCACCCUUUUCGGACGACAAGGGGGGAUGCACACAGUAGUUUAUAUUUGUUUUCCCUUCAUGUGCAGCUUUUCAGGGAAAGGCG